UAGCGAGCAGGAAAGGUUCUGAUUCUAAGUCAAGUUUUUGGGGAAGUACAGUGCAAAUACCGUCGCAGUCUCUACUUCCUGUUUUUUGUGAAUCCAAAAGCCCGUGCGAUCAAUCUUACAGUCUGUGCAUAACUGCGGGUUGCCCAAGAAGUGAUAUGUGCAGGUUUGAGGGAAAAUGUUACUUCAUUACCACGUACGAACAAGGAUUUCCUGAAAGCUUGUGUCAACCUGAUGGCAGGCCAGCCGCCAUUGAUGAAAGAGGAGAGCUUAUGAAUUUGUAUCAAUUGCUUAAAUCCUUACCAAUUCUGAACAUAGACGGUGUUUACAUCGCUUCAUCUGGUUUUGUUGAAGCAUCUUCAACUGAUGUUAUAUGGAGAGACUGGGAAAAUAUUAAGUUUGAUAGCGAUUUAAUCCAGUUAGACAGUAUAAAUCCAGAAAGCUAUAAUCGAGUCUUGUGCGCCAGUUACGAUGAAGAAAAUUUCCUGUUUUCGUGGGAGCUUAAAGAAACGGAUUCCAGCGAAAUUGCAAUUGUCUUGUGCGAGGCGAGCGCUGAAGAUGACGAAGAAUUAUGUGAUACAACUACCACCACUCCAGAAGCUGACCCUACGACGACAACAACCUUCACCACUCCAAAAUCUGACCCUACGACAACAACCACCACCACUCCAAAAUCCGACCCUACAACGACAACACCCUUCACUACAGAAUCCGACCCUGACACAACCACCAACACUCCUUUUGAUACAACGACAACAACUGCCACCACUUCUACUACAACAACUAUGAGAACAACCACCAUUGGAAGAGAAGAUGAUAAUACAACUACAACAAUCGAAGCUGAAAAUUCAACAUCCCCUGAGCCGAGCACCACCGAUGAAGCUACUACAACAGAUUUGACAACAGAGACGACCACGACAGAAAGUGGAUGUGAGGACUGCGUUAAGAACGACCAAUAUGGAAAAAUAUGGAGUUGUUGCAGCGGAGUUACUUGCGACGAUAAAUGCCCCCUGGAUGCGAAGGGCAGGGCUUUUUGGUCCUGCGGCGACGACAAACAAUUCAAUACUGCAUGGCCAGAUUACGCUGAAUGCACCAACACCUGGAUCAAUAACCUCACCACAUUGAUUGAAGAGGAAAAAGUGACACCAUUCACGUUGAUAAUGGACUUGGAUCAAUACAUCAAGGACUCGUCACUAUUUGGGCACGAAAUUUACACAUCUUUAAAUUUUACCAUGACUUCACUUGAAAUGCUGCUUAAAGAACAAGAGGAGGCCGAAGAUCCACCUGUCAAUAAGCUAAACCAACGAAAGUUCUUGUCUGAAAUGGCAUUGGGAGUGAUUGACAAACUUUUGAUACUAACUAAGCCAUGGGAACAGUUGAAUCAGAGCGAAAUAACCGAUUUGGGAUGGAAAAUGAAUAAGCUGACUGAGACUUUUGGCUUCUCUGUCACAGAAAAGGCGAAAUCUAUUGGUGAUAAUUACAACAUGACUGGCAUUAAAGGACACAUUCAAAUGGAAUCCCGAUUUUUGAAACACAGAUCAGGGUCACAUUCUGAACACAUAGUUAAAUUUCCACUUCAGGAAAUAUCUCAAAAGAGCUCAUCGAUCAGGAUUCUGAAACUGCCCAAGAUGUUUUCUGACAGUGACAUUCAUUUAGAGGUUGUUGGGCAGUUAAUUCCAAUGGUUUUCGCAGAAAAGUUAUUUCCAGCAAGAAUAAACAGAAUGGGAGAUGAAAAGAAAAAGAUCAAUUCAGGAAUGAUCAGCAUGACACUGCUCGGCCCAGAUGGAAAACCAAUCCACGAAUUUCACUCUGAUGACGCAGUGCUAGUCACUUUCAAACACUCUCUACAAGCUAAGGGGCCACAAUAUGAAACAAUAUGGCACGAACUGUAUCCAGGAGAAAAACCGACAGCGAUUCGAGGCACAGAACGAUGUGCAUUUUGGAAUGCUUCAUCUGGGUGCUGCGGUGAAUGGGAUGUUAGAGGAUGUCAGAUAUUGAACUCGAGCCAUUGGUUCACUAUUUGCGAGUGUAAUCACUUGUCAUCAUUUGCUUUGCUGAUGGACGUUCAUCAAUAUAUUGCUAAAGAUAAAAUAAUGGAAAUAAUCAGCAUCGUCUUCAGUUCGCUAAGUGUCAUCAGCUUGACUGUGACUUUGGUCGUACUCCAUUUCCUCAAGGGAAUUCAAGGGGAGCGAAACUCGAUCGGGAAACAUUUGUGCGUCUGUUUAUUGGUUGGGCAUCUGAUGGCAUUGACUGUUCUUGACCGUUCAUAUUUUGGGCUGUCACAGGAAGUGUGUGUGGGAGUUGCGGUAUCCCUUCAUUAUAUUUUCCUGGCCGCCUUCGUGUGGAUGGCCGUCGAAGGGCACCAUCUGUACCGACUGGUGGUGCGUGUUUUCGACUCGGGCCGCGACCUAUCAAAAAUCUACCUUUGCCUAGGAUACGGUAUUCCUGUUAUCAUUGUGGGAAUAACUGUCGCUGUCACCGUUUGCCUCCAAGACCACGGAUACGCAAAUGAUGAAUUGUGCUGGUUGUCCUCACCAAAUUAUAUUUGGGCAUUCAUGGGACCUGUUCUGUUCCUCACCUUGAUCAACUUGGUGGUGUUAGUCCUAGCCAUGCGAGUGGCAGUGACGGCCGGCACUCAGCAGAAAAAAAGUUUCAUGUCGCGGGUCAAAGUCUGGAUAAAGGGAUGGUUUUCAUUGUCUUCACUGCUUGGCGUGACCUGGAUAUUUGGUUUCUUCUAUAUUCAAUUGGACCACAAUUUUGCUUAUGCGUUCGUCACCUUGAAUGGACUUCAGGGUGUAUUUAUAUUUUUGACGAGGGUUGUUUUUAAUGAGCAAGUCAAAACUGCCAUGAAGAAAGGUGCCAAGCAAAGAGCAAUGAUGAAAAGAUUCUACAACCUUGCUUGGAAAGGUCGCAGCUCCGGAACUUCGUUCCAACCAUCCUCUUGGUUUUUUGGAACUUCUUCUACUUCUUCGCAGCUUGAUUUGACAUCCUCCGGCUCAACGUCUUACUGGGGCAACACCACUUCGCGGCGUCGGUCCAGCGCUAAUCAUUCCUACACAAACGACAGUGACGCUCCAACCAUUGACAUUCAGCAGGCAGGCCAGAACAUAAACGCGUUUCAUACAAUAUUGGCAGCAGGCACCCAAGAAAAUAUCCAACCAUGGUUAAAGAGGAAAAUCAGCCGAGAGGAAGAAUUAGAACAAUCAACACUGCAGAACUGGAAUUCGGGAGAAAUACAGCACAUAUGGAAUAAUUUGAGGGAGCCCGACACCCUCUCUGAAAUUCCAGAGGAAGAUUAUGAUGAUGCGUAUGAGAGCACGGAGGGCCAUAAGCAAAAGUAUUGAAUUAACCAGCGCUGAGUAAUAUAUAUUUCGUGUCUACAGUAGCAACAUCAAGAGAGCAUUUUAUUUUACUUAUAGUUGUCUAAUAAAAUGCAUAAUAUUUUCUUUAAACUUUUUCUUAUGGAAUAUCUCUGCUAUGUAUAAGCAAAGUUAUAUGAACAAUUUAUUUGUUACACUUAGUCGAAGAUUUUUCUCUGCGUUAUUGAGUACACAUUUAAUGUAAACAAAUUUUUGUUUGACACAUAAAACUUAACGGGCAAAUAAAAAUAUUAUAUUAAGUGAC